AGAGUUUUUAUCAGGAUGAAGUGUAUUGUACUGGUAUUCUUCUUGUCCAUGUUAAGCCUGAGCAUGGCUCUAAAGGUGGAACGCCGUAGGGACAGAUUAAUCGUUUCUCGCCCACUUGAGAUGGAGAUGGAACAUUGGAUGAAGAGCGGUGGGAUCAACAAAAGGUACGAAGAGAUGCGUUUGAAAAACCCUAUGCGUGGUGUCUGAAAAAUUGAGGCACUGAAGAGAAGCUCGUAAACGCAACUUACCACACUCAUCCCGCUGUUAAAUGUGAUGUGACAUCGCAUAAUUUGUUUCUUCUCGAGAAAACUUUGUUUUACAUGAGACUCAAUAAAGCUUUC